GACACUUGUUAAUCUCGUCACCGAGGAAAUUUGAAGCUAAUCUACCCGAAAUCUUUCUGUGUGACUCCUACUGAGCGCCAUCUAUUUGUCAGUAGGGAAAUGUAUCACGUUAUCACAGCUGAUUUAAACACUACAAACUCUCAAAGUAAAAAAAAAAUUAAACAAACAAAUAAAACAAAAAGUAAAAAAUCUAAGCAAUAUCAAGUAAAUAAGUGAAAAUGGUAGAAAAUAGUAUCAAAAAAAGGAAAGUAAUGUGGAAUAAGGCUGCCGGUGCCGAUUUAACAGAGUUGUGGCGAGAAAAAAUGCUACAGUUUCGACAGCUAUUUUAUAAAUCUCCAACGGCAGCGAGAACAGCCUAAAUUAGUGAAAAAAUUAAAUAUAAUCUAAUGUCGCAGCUCGGAGGAUUAAAUAUAAUCUAAUCAUUUCAAAUUUGUGAUGGGAACAUCAUAUAAUAUUACCAAAAUUUCUUGUUUUGAUGUUUUUGCAUACAUGUUUAUGUUGAGGUGAAAUAUUUUGACAUUUACUGGCAGCAUAUGUCAAAAAUUACUGUCUUUAAAAUUUCCUUGUCAAUAGUCUUGUUAAACAAAAGUGUGAAUUUGAAAAAAAAUUGAAUUAAGGAAUAAAAAUAUCAAUUAAAGGCGUAAAUUAGGAAACAAUUAUAUUUAACAUUUGUGGAAAAAAUAGGCCGAGGACAGCAUUGCAAAUCGGGAGAGCGUAAGCUCACAAAAAAUUUGCAACAUAACGGUUAUACCCAAAAGGAAAUCGCAAAAAUUAUAAAAAGUUCCCAAAAAUUUGUGUUUACUGCUUUGAAACCUCCAAAAAAAAUGCGUAAUGAGGGGACGGGCACGAAAAACGACGUCUCGUUAUGACAAUUACAUAGAAAUAUUAUUAAAACGCGAUCCUUUCAUGUCCUCUAUAGCUAUCAAAGAGGAUUAGGUGUAGAAAUAUCUUCGAGUACUGUUGUGCGUCGCUUUGUAGAAAAUAAUCUCUUCGAAGAGUUGUCUCGAAAAGUCCCACUGUUGACAAAUAGACAGCGGAACAAUAGGAUUGUUUUUGAUUCAGCGCAUAACAAUAGGACCGAUGAAGCAAAUACGAAAAAAGUGUCGUAAGAUCCUUGGUCCGAUGAACCAAAAUUAAAUAUGAUAUGUAUCGAUGCAAAAGUUUGGGUUCGACGUCCGAACAAUGCUGAAAUGAAUCCCCGCGUCCCAGGCAAAAACUUUUUAACACGGAGGUGAUAGCAAAGAUGUAAUGCUUACUUAUGCUGAAUGGAACAUGCCUUUAUUUUAGCAGUUCCAGGAUGACAAUGACCCGACGUAUAACUCGGAUGUGGUCAAGACUUGGCUACGGGAUCAGUUAAUCAAUUUUAUGACUUUACCGGUGCAAUCUCCGAAUUUAAAUUAUAUAGGAAAUAUGUUAAAGAUUGUAAAGGAAAAGUUGGAACCCAUUAAACCACGAAAUAAGGGGGAACUAUGGGAAAUAGUCUAAGAGGCGUGGUAUUCAAUACCGAAUUCAGUCUGUAAUGCUCUGAUGGAAUCUAUGCCGAAAAGGUGCGCUGCCGUACUCGCAAUUAAAGGUUUUGCAACAAAAUUCUAACUUAUUUUAUUUUAUAACUUAUUUUUAAUAUUAAUUACAUAUUUUAAUUAAAAUUACUAUUACUACGAGUUUUGGUUCGAUGAUUCUAUUUUAGUCUCAAUUGAAAUUCCUGACAGUUUGUUUAAAAGUUGUCUGCUGAUAAUACUUAAAUAUUUAUUAAGUUAUUUGUGCUAUUGAAAUGUUUAAAAAAAAAUAUUGUAACUAUAAAAAAUAAUUUAUUUUUCUUAAGAACUCUGGUAACACUUUUUACAAAUAGUUGUGAAUAAAACUUUGAUUCCGUUUUAUUAUCGGUAACUAUUUAUAGGUUAAUAUUGAUACGUAUGGUUACAAACUUUUCACUUUAUUUGAAUAAUUUAAAUAAGACUUUAAUUAUGUGCAAAGAAGUUAUCUGGUAGUAAAUAUAACCAUAUUAGCAGGAUUACAACUUUAUUUUUUUACUCAAAGUGUUGGCAAUAAUGUCAAAUAUGGUUUUUGUGAACAUUUCAUAAUGCAACUCUGUAAAAAUGUUACAACCGAACUUAUGGAAUCAGAACAUAACAGUAAGGCAUUUAGAAAAUUUUAUAUGUUUGUAUCGCAGCUUAUUAAUAAACUAAAAUGAACAACUAUUCAAUACUUUUGGAAUCAAUAACCCAUGAAAAAAAUUUCUUCUAUGGUGCCUAUGUCAGUCCGUCUAAGUUUGCUUUCAUAUGUUUCAGUUAGCAAUUCGUGAAUGUGCCCAUUUCAUUCCGUUACCUUGUUUGUCAAUUAGAGUUUGACGUUUAAUGUCGGUGGUGAAAAAUUUCUAAUAAAAAGUUUCUUAUUGCAAAAUUUUUCGAUUCGUUUGCAUUUUGGUUUUACAACUUCUUAUUGCGGAUCGCUUGUUAAAUAACGACAAUAAAAAAAAUUAGAUGUUUUAAAGAUAAUUUAUCAUUUUGAGAAAUUAUCGAAAUCAAACCUGUCAUAAUGUGAAAAGCAAAGAACAACUUGUAUACUAUACGUGAAAUUCAAAAUAGAGAAUUGUACAAACAACUUUACUCAUAAAGAAAUCUUUAAAAAACCCCGAAAAAUCAAUGGUUCUGGGCCUAUAAAUAAGUGGCAUACUGCUUUUGUAAUAAUCUUCCACCAUAAACAACUUAAAAAUUUAUUGCAGACAACGUGUCCACGCCCACUGAAAAACCAUAAUUAAAACAUGAAGAAAUGCUGAUUCAAAGAAAAAUACAUAUUAGUUAUUAUUAGAUUAACUUUAACUAUAUUACAUUAAAUUUGAUGGUUUUGAAACUUUGAUCAGUACUUCAAAUUAAAUUGAUAUUAAGCAUUGAGCGUUAUGCUUGACAAAAGUCAAAAGAGAUCCCAUAGCUUUAUUUGUUAUUAGUUUAUAUAAAAUAUUAAUAUAAAUUACGUGAAGCUUGUAUUACUUUAAAUAAGUAAAAUAAUUCGGAAAUAAGUAAACUUACAAAUGAGUUCAACUAUGAGACUACAAGAGGGGCAUGCGGGGUCGGGCACGCGACCAAAGAUGAAUGCAUCUAGUGACUUAUUGACCAGGGAAGAGAAUGAAGUUGUCUUCAGUUUGUUGGGCAAAAAGUGUCAGACGUUAAACACAGCCGUGGUGCAGAUCUACAAGACGGAAGGUUCCGCACAUUCCCAUUGGAAGAAGAAGCAUACUGGUGUUGUGUGUUUUGUAAAAGAUAGCGCGAAAAGAUCGUAUUUCCUACGCGCUUACUGUUUAAUAAAAAACGAACAGAUUUGGGAACAUGAGUUGUACGACGCCAUGAAAAUGAUAAAGGCGCGACCUUUUCUUCUCACCUUCGAAGGCCAAGAUGGUCACGUAGGUUUGAAUUUUGUUUCUGAGGAGGAGUGCGAUGCAUUUUAUAGGGCUGUGGACACAACAAUUGAAACGAGAAAUCGAAAGAAAUUAGAAAAGCGGAAUCGUGCUAAAGCGCAAGCAGCUCCAAACAUUCCCCCGCCAGUUAACAGGGACCCAACGAGACCAUCCCCUGCGAUCAGUCAAACGACAACGGAUUCUACCGUGCAAUUGCGAAACCAUCCACAAAAAAUUAAUUCGGUUACACUAACUCCCGGACCAAACCCGGUGGCAACCUCAAAGAACUUUCUCAGCAGUAGUUUUGGUCUCUCGAGUUCAUCAUCCGGCAAGGACAAAAAGAGGAAAGUUACUAAGGCUGAUAUAAGUACACCGACAAAUUUUGUGCACAUAAGUCAUCUCGGUUGGGAUGCAGAUAAGGGUUUCGAUAUAACGGGAAAUGAAAAUGACGAAGUACUCACAAGCUUUUUUGCCAAAGCUGGCGUAUCCGAGAAUGAGCUGAAAGAUCGAGAUACACGUGCGUUCAUCUAUGACUUUAUUCAGAGUAAUAAUGUGUUAGCAUCGGUGAAAUCAGAGCGGGUUGAGUCGCCAAAAUCGACUGCGCCCGCUGCGCCUCCACCUGUGCCAAGCCGUCACCAGCAUCACCAAAACGGUUCAACUGUAAGCCAAAGAACUGCACCACCACCACCGCCUCCGGCAAGACAACCACCUCCUCCGGUGCCCACAACAGUGCCAGGUGCGACACGUGCACCAGCACCACCAACUAGACCGCCACCCAUAAACGUUGCUCCACCCCCACCAGCACCACCUCAACCCAUAGUGGCUGCACCAGCCGCAGCACCACCUCCUCCUCCGCCACCGCCUCCACCUCCACCACCAGCAAUAGCUGAGUCACCAUUAACAAAUACAACUGAUGCACCGGCGGUAGAAAAAAAGCGACCAACAGCACCAUUGCCAGUUGUACCAGACGUUCGUAGUGCGCUCCUGGAGAGUAUACGUAAGGGCAAGACAUUAAAGAAAGUAGAUACGGCUGCACUCAGCACCGGCAGUGGAGAUUCUCAUAGUGAUCUUAUGUCCGAAAUACGCGGCGGAUUUGAAUUAAAGCCGUCGCACGAUCGCACACCAGCUAAUCGCAAUAGCGAUGACGCCACUGGUCCCGCCGGUAGCGAUGCUCUUGCGGUCGCCUUAAGGCGGGCAUUGCUCGAACGAGAACGCGUCAUGCAGCCGUCAGAUGAUGAAAACGACGAUUCGUCAGGUAAUGACGAUGAAUGGGAGGAUUAAAUGCUAAAUUGUAUAAGUCAUUCGCAAUAGAGUUGUGAUGUAAACAUCUGUACGUUAACAAUGAAAAACAUGUAUAUUCGAUGCAAACGAAUACAUUAAAAAGUCCAAUAUUUCAAUGAAA